CCAUUAUGUAGGUUUAUUACAAUUUAAGGAGAACAAGUAGCCUGUCCGAAUAUUGUUGAUUCUAAAUUUUCUUUUUUCUUUCUUUUUCUUUCCUCUCAUAAAACCCUAUCUAAUAUCUUAAACUUAUGACUCUAAUUCUGCUGCUGAAUUAUAUGCCAAAACAAAGACCAGUUCUUUCUCUCUCUCUCUCUCUCUCUCCUUCUUUCCCCCUCCAAACAUAUCACUGAACACCAUCAUCCAAUACCAACACUGAAUUCAGUUCAAUCUUUCCAUGGCCACACUCAGGUGACUCACUGAAUAUAUGUUGGGAAUUUCGAUUUAAGAGCAGCUUCGUAUAUGAUCAAUAAGCUUUGCAAAAGAAACAAUAUACUCAUUUAUAGAGGUCACAUCAGCAUCGUGAAUGGAGCUACUUUAGGGGGAAAAGAAUGGCAUUCAUAAUUUGUACACAGUAAAGAAUUGAAGUGGGAGUUGAAUUUGAUUCCUGAGCAACAACAAACGAAUAUGUCGGAUGAAUAUGAGAUGAGUGAUGAACAGGUUGAGGACAGUUCAAUAGGAUCAUCGCAAAAGUGUUCAUCCUUUGAUCUGAAUGAAGAAGCUAGUAGUGAAAAUAAUAGCAAGGGCAAUGAUACGAGGUACGAGGAAGCUAAGGAUGAAGGUACUUCAACAAAUAAAAGUAGCAGCAUAACAAGGGAAGGAAAUAGUGAACGAAGAGGUGGUGUGAGACAGUAUGUUAGAUCAAAGAUGCCUAGGCUUCGUUGGACACCUGAACUUCAUCUUUCCUUUGUGCAUGCUGUUGAAAGGCUUGGAGGUCAAGAGAGAGCAACACCGAAGUUGGUGCUUCAGCUAAUGAACGUGAGAGGACUCAGCAUUGCUCAUGUCAAGAGUCAUUUGCAGAUGUACCGGAGCAAGAAACUCGAUGAGGCCGGCCAAGUAUUAAGUGAAACAUACAAAUCAUCCCACGAACUUGGUCGUAUUUCUCAUGUGACCCAUCCUCGUCAACAUUUUAAGAUGGGAAAUGGUGGAAUUAUUCUAGCAAGUGAUUACACCGAUCACAGUUAUUACCAUGGUCUCUUGCAUCCUUCAAACCUAUCACACUCACAUUCAAAAGCCAUCGAUUCAAGACACCAACAAUGGUUCUUCAACAAUCAUCAACCUUUUAGAAAACCAAGUUACUUCAGCAACGAAGUUGGCUCAGCAACCUUACAAACGCAAGCAAGAUCAAUGUCUUCAAACCAAAUUCAAGUAAUGGAUGCUACCAGCAUUGCACCCAUGAGACCAAGCCAAUUUCUUGAAGAGAAAAGAUGGCCUCCAUUGGAAAUCAUGAACAAUCACCCCUGGAAGAAAAGGUUACCUUCUAAUACUGACUCAAAAUCUGUUCUGCUUCAUCAAUUUGGCUCCACAACUUCACCAUCUCUUAGACCAACUGAGUUAAACUUCCCAAACAAAACAAGAAUCAGGGAACAUCUAUCUAACUCCGAUGAGCAUCGCAGCCAUUCCAACGCUUUCAAUCCUGAAUUUGAACCUCCCUUUCGGAUUAAGUCGAAUCAAGAAAAAAUGCAGAAAGAGAAGCAGUGGGUGCCUGAUCUGCGACUGAGUUUAAGUCAGAGAGAUGGCAACAGUGAUGGGAAGAAUGAUCAUUGCAGAGAAACCCAAGAAAUCAACACGAAACUUUCACUUUCAUAGAAUCUAUAGCCAAGUCAAUGUAUAAUGCAAAUACCACAGCCUAGCCGUUCAUACAGUCUGAGUGAAGAUAUAUA